ACACGACCAGUAUUAGGUGGGAGACCUAACAAAAAGUUAAGUUGCUUCAGAAAACAUUUUCCUCUGACAACAAGCUUCAUUCUGGAAUAUUUGAUCGCCGUUAGCCCUUCAAAGACACCUUCGUGAGAUCCAACGUAGACGAUGUCUGAGCUGAGUGAUGAGGCCAGUGAGUCGGAGCAGCUGGGCUCCAGUCUGUCUCUGUGGCUGGGUGACUCUCUGGUGCGGCCUGAGGAGCUCAACGUCCCCCUGGACCUGCACACCGCCUGCUCUAUUGGACAGUACGAUGUGGUGGCUGAGUGUAUCAAACAGGAAAUGGACCUGAAUGGAAAGAACAUGGGGGGGUGGACCCCGCUCAUGUACGCCUCGUACAUCGGCCAUGACAACAUAGUCAACCUUCUGCUGGAGGCAGGAGUGAACGUAAACGCCACAACUGCUAAAGGACUGACUCCUCUGAUGCUGGCGGCGAGUUGCGGGAACGAAAGCAUCGCCUACUUCCUGCUUCAGCAAGGGGCAGAGCUGGAGUUGAAGGAUGUUCGGGGAUGGACGGCUCUCUUCCACUGCACUGGCACUGGUCACCAGCAGAUGGUCAAGUUCUUGCUGGACAAUAAGGCUGACGCCAACGUGAAAGAGCCGGGGUCUGGGUUCACUCCACUGAUGGAGGCGGCUGCUUCAGGACAUGAAAUCAUUGUUCAGUAUCUUCUGGACCAGAAAGUGAAAGUAGACGAGCGGAAUGCCAAGGGCGAGACAGCCCGGGCUUUGGCCAUGAUGUACGGCUACACCAAGAUUGUCAGUCUCAUCGACUCUCGCGCCCCCAGACUCAAAGCAGGACAUUUCGACGACCACAGCUCCUCUGAGGAGUCAGAUAAUGCACCUCCCAGGUCAAGGCCCAGCCGCAACCGAGCGAAAGGAGUGAGCAUCCAUGAUGGACCACAAGCCAUUGCCAAGUUCCGAGUGGGAAGUGCUCCAAAACUGUGUGAGUCUCCGUCCAUGCCGCCAGGUUACGUGACCUUCCGUGACACUGGCGAACAGACCGGGGGGAUUCGUUAUCGUGACGUCACCUCCCCCAUCAACGAGUUGGACGGUCAGAGCAACAGCAGCAGAGAUGACAGCCCGUUCUUUGACAACGACAUGCCGACCAUGAGGAGCAGCGGCAGCAGCAGCGAGAGCUUGCCUCACGUGAUGGGCCUGGGCUGGGAGGGAUCGGUGGAGAGCAACGAGGACUCUGACCAGUGUAAAAAGAGUUCUCGCAAAAUCAACAAGACUCAUCACCAGAAAGGAAAGAGUCGCCAUGGAAACGACACGGCACAUAGCAGCACUGCAGGAAACUGUAGCGUUCACUCUCAUGUCAACCCUCCGCCUUCCUACACUGGACCCAAGGACCUGGCAGAGUUCCUCGACCAGAUCGGCUUCUCCAAGUACCUGCCGCUGCUGGAGGAGCAGGAUGUCGACCUGCGGAUCUUCCUCACGCUGACAGAGAACGACCUCAAAGAGAUCGGCAUCACGCUGUUUGGACCAAAGCGAAAGAUGACGUCCGCAAUUGCUCGAUGGCACAGCGGCGCGCGACCUCCGAGUGACGCCCUGGAGCAAGCCUACGCGGACCAACUGGAGGCUGAGAUGCAGGAGAUGGCUAUUCAAUUGCACAAACGCUGCGAGGAGGUGGAGAGUCUGCAGAGUCAGGUGUCCCAGGAGAAGGAGCUGCGGACCGUAAUGGAGGGAUGCCUGAUGGAGGACAAGAUGGCCUGGAGGCGGGUCCAUGGCGAGCUGGUGGAGAUCCACAAACUGGCUCAAGACAUGAACGCCAUGUUGGCCAAAGUUCGAGCCAGUCGCUCUCAACUGCUGUCCUGUCUCGCUGCUGAGGAGAACGACCGUUCACACGCGGAGGCCCAAAGAGGUCCCAUUGUAGCUGAGCAUCUGAAGAAACUGGACUCCUAUGAAGAAGAACUCGCAGGAACUUUACAAACUGUACUGCAAAGUCUGAGGAGACUCAGUGCUUCAGAGAAGGUCUCAGACAGCUGGGAGAGACCGUGACACGGGCACUCAGAGGCUUCGAUAUCGACGGAGGGUGAUUCACCACCCUGUACUAUCACAGAGACGUGAGAGCCGACCAGAACUGGAGCAAGUGGCAGCUCACCUGGCUGGUGGACCUGAGCUCAAGAAGAUGUUCACACAUCGGACGGUUCCUCCCGGGACAUGACAAGCAGGCGGAGAGAAGCUCAAACUUCCCGCUUGCGCUAGAAAGGAGCUGAUCCUGACCCGAUCUCAGCACCUGAGAACGUGAGCGUGGGCCAUCAGGUUUUUACCAAAACUCCUGAUAGAGAAAUGUUUGUUGAAAAAACAGCAGCUCUGGAGGGGGGAAUGUCAACACUUGUGUAAUGAAUCAGUAAAAAAAAUGCAACAGUAAAUGUUUAUGAAGUCGAGGUGAGCCACUUUGCUGCUGCUCAUCUCCUACAACAGGGCGGGAAGAAUGGGUUCCAGAACCAGCCCAUUAGAACUUGAGACUUUGAGACUAGAAUUUGUCUUUUCAGAGAGGCCAUUGAAAACCUGCAGUGUGGACUGUUAUCUUCAAAAACAGGAAUAGGAAUGUGACCGCGUGGAAUACAUUCCAGUCUCUAAAGAAAGGAACAAAAUGCUGUGACUGUGACAUGCAGGGUCUGGUCCUAACUGAUUUGUAUUGAGUGAAUAUGUGCUGCUGGCAUCAUCUGCUCACACUUGGGGUAAAUCAUCCCACAGAAGGGGUUUAUCUGUGUUGCCACAUCCAUGCUACAUGUGAUGACAGCUGGGCUGAAACACUGAGAGAAUGGAAUAUAAUGUGUUUCAAACACGUCUUGAAUGCCAAUGGAUACAGGAUCUCAUGAUAAUUCUGCUCACUUUUGAUGAUGUUGGAGAAGAUGGAGCCGACGGUGAAGCCACUGCUGAGAGCAUUCUUUGGUCCAGUGGCUCUCUUCGGUCUGACUGAAUAGAUAACAAGGCAGAUAACCGCUCUACGCUGUGCAUUGUCGAUGCACCUCUCACACUGUAUGUUAAGGACCAAUUGGCGAGCUAAGGCUAAUGGGACGAAUGUCCAUUAUGGUCAGUACAGUUCUGUGAAUGACCUGCCUGGGGCUUGGAAGCUAUCAAGAGGUAAUAAUUGUCAGAGUAUCAUUCAAGUACAAAUGAGUCUGAGAUGGCAGAGAUUUACAUUUUAAUAAAAAAAAAAGUGACAAAACAAACUGACUUGAAUUGAUGAGUUGGUCAGAAUGUAUGACUGUGAGGUCUCAAAUAUAUAAUAAUUUCUUGUGAUUAUUUAAUAGUCUGAUUAUGUACAGCUGGAUGAAGAAGGUAUAAUGUCCGUAAAGACUGUGAAUUAAAAAAAAAAAACAAUGUCCAAUGCAGCAUAUUCAAGAGAAAAACUCCAGUGACA